UCAGGGGCCCGGGCCUUGGGGGGGCAUCGUGAUCCCCGUAACUAACCGCACAAACAGAGGGUCAGGAGCAAAAAUCAACGAAUGACAGUCCCGCCUCCCAGAGCCGAGGCUGGAUGGUACGAUAGGCAUGCACGGCCCGGGACAGCGCCAGGCCCCUCGCGCCCGCUCCUGCCAGUGUUCCUAUAUCACAGCUCUGUUGUAACACCUUUAAUCCUUGUGAUCGUUAUUACUGUUACUACGGCCGUGCCCACUGCUUUUUGGCUUAGCGCUUGUUUUAUUUCAUUAAUACAGCUUAGUAUGUAUUGCACUUAUUAUUACUUAUUAUUUUCUAAUUAGGAUAUUACUGUUGCUACUUUUAUUUUUACAACUACAGGAAGCAUUACAGGAUAUCGGUUAGGAGCACAAACUCUGAGCCAGAUACCCCAGUUCAAAUCCCAGCUCUGCCAUUCACCCCCUGUGUGACCUUGGGCAAGUCACAGAAACCUCUCUGUGCCUCAGUUUCUUCAUCUGUAAAAUGGGGGUGAUACUGGUAACCGCCUCAAAGGGUUGUGAGGACUAAAUGAGGAAGUGCUUAGAAUUGGCCCAUAGGAAGUGCUGCUGCUCAAUGCCUGGGAAAUUGGCUCCUGAGAGGGGGCAUUUGAUCUGGGCUUUGCAGGAUGCUUAGUAUUCAAGGCAAAAAGGAAAGCAGCUGCCACCAUCCAGGCAAGGCGGCCUCCCCUCGGACUCCCAGGCUCUUUAAGGGAGAGGGGUAGCCCCCAGGAUUCGUGUGUUCAUUUCUUCAUUCAUUCACCCACCCAUCAAGUCUUUAUGGAGUGGUUCCUGAGUGCAUGGCCUGUGAGAGGCCCGCAGGAGCCAUGAGAGAAGCAGGCAGGGCCCUCACCCUCAGGCAGCUUAGUUUGAAGCUGGGAAAAUCACCAACCUCCAGAGCUGAAGCUGAGGUCCAAGAAAGGGAGGCGCGGCCAAGGCAGGUGCUGGCCAGGGUCCCCCAUCAGACCCCCGGGCCCUGGGCCGGCACGGGGAGCCGCAGAACCGGGGCGGGCGGAGGCCCCGCGUGGGCAGGCAGGUGGGGCUGGCCCCAGCGGGCGAAGGGGAGCACACGCAGCUCCCGGGUUCCAAGCGAGAGGCAUUUCUUGCAUGCUCCUGUGUGCGUGGCACUUGCUGGUACAGAGCCCACCUACCCGCCCCACGCGCCAGAUGCCAGGCACAGACCCGGGGUCCCCCUGAGAGCACCCCCUCCCCCCUGCCCACGCCUGUUCACCCCCAGGCAGUUCCUGUGGAGCUUCCGGCUGCCGGGUGAGGCUCAGAAGAUCGACCGGAUGAUGGAGACGUUUGCCACCCGAUAUUGCCUCUGCAACCCGGGAGUCUUCCAGUCCACAGACACCUGCUACGUCCUUUCCUUCUCCAUCAUCAUGCUCAACACCAGCCUGCACAACCCCAACGUGCGGGACAGGCCGCCCUUCGAGCGCUUCGUGUCCAUGAACCGCGGCAUCAACGGCGGCAGCGACCUGCCAGAGGAGCAGCUGCGGAACCUCUUUGACAGCAUCAAGAGCGAGCCCUUCUCCAUCCCUGAGGACGACGGCAACGACCUCACUCACACCUUCUUCAAGCCGGACCGCGAGGGCUGGCUGCUCAAGCUGGGGGGCCGCGUGAAGACGUGGAAACGGCGCUGGUUCAUCCUGACCGACAACUGCCUCUACUACUUCGAGUUCACCACUGACAAGGAGCCACGGGGAAUCAUCCCCCUCGAGAACCUUUCGGUGCAGAAGGUGGAGGACCCCAAGAAGCCAUUCUGUCUGGAGCUCUACAACCCCAGCUGCCGGGGCCAGAAGAUCAAGGCCUGCAAGACGGACGGCGACGGCAAGGUGGUGGAGGGCAAGCACGAGUCUUACCGGAUCUCGGCCUCCAGCGCUGAGGAGCGCGACCAGUGGAUCGAGGCCAUACAAGCCAGCAUCACCCGCGACCCCUUCUACGACCUGGUCUCUGCUCGGAAGAAGAAGAUAGCCAGCAAGCACUGAGCUGCCUGGAGGGGGUGCCGGGGGCCAGCGUCCUGGGAACGCCAUGGCCUGUGGUACCUGGAUACCCACCUCCCACCCAGGGCGCCUUUUCCUGGCCCGCACGCAUCCUCCCCCUCCCACAUUUCGGGCUGACAGGAGGGGGAGGCAGGGCCCAGGAGGGUGGGCGGACCCCCGGAGGCCUCAGAACCGGCAGUGAGCCCCUGGCCCUCGGCACCCAGCCGCCGCCAGGAGAGGCCCCGGGUCCCCCACAGCCAGGGAUGAGGCAAGCGGCCGGAGGGAAGCCAGCCCUGAACCGGCACCCUGUCCUCUGGGCCUCGGUUUCCUCUUCUGUUAAAUGUCUCCUUGCACUCUGAAGUGCUGGCGGCCCUCAAAGCAGGGAGACGGCCAGGUCCCCGAGUGCUUCCUGCCCCGGCGAUGGCCACGCUCCUCCUUCUGCUCAGGGCCUUUCUCGGCCAGCCCCUCCCUGUCUUCAGCUGGGGCCUGGCCCUCCCUGCCCGAGGGACACACACACAGAGCUCAGGCCCGUGGACAGAACCGCUCGGAGGCGCCAGGAGCACCGGACUCGGAGUCCACACCCCGCAGUCUCCGACCCAGCUCCGUCUCCAACUUGCUGUGUGCCUUCUGCCGAGUCACACUCCUCUCUGGUGCUUAGAAAACUGCAGUUUUGGAUAGAAAUGUCUAGGCCCCUUCUGGCUCUGCGGCCCCUCGCCCCCCACCGGCAAAGGCAGGCACAGGCCCCCUGCGGUCCCAGCAGUGCGUGAGCUGGCCGCCUCCCUCCUCUCAGUAGAAGGACAGGAUCGUAUGGGGUCUCCCUAAGGAGCUUCUGGCUGGAGAUGCACUUACUGAGCUGGAGGGGGCUCUGGACUGAAGGCGGCUGGGGAGCCGAGAGCAGAGUGGGCUCCACCCUCAAGGGUGUCCCUUUGGGAGGAGCAGCAGGUGGGACUCCUCGAGAAAAUGGCAGAGAGCAUCCUAGAUGGACGUACUCAAGCAGGACUAGUGGUACAACCAAAAAGCCAAGAAGAGAGCUUUAUGAGCUCUGGUUACCAGGAGGGCUGCCUGGAGGCAGGGGCCACACCAAUAAGUGACACACAAGCUUGUGGCAGAGUCUCAGCCCCAGGUUCCCUGCUAGGCCACUGGCCAGGGGUCCCGUGGAGGUGAGGGCUGCCCCAGCUGGGUCGCAGCAUCCUGAGACCCCCACAGCAGCACCGUCAAGAGCUGAGCCGACUUGUCAGCACACAGGCAGGCAGCUCGGUCCCCACAGAGGCCUCAGCCCGGAGGAGCAUUCCACCACCAGGCUUCUUCUCAGAAGCGUCUCACCCCACAAACAGGCCCUGGGGAGCCCCUGGAGGAAGUUCCCUGGCAGGAAAGCAAGAUGUGGGCUUGCCUUUGCCCCACUGCCAGCCUGAGGGGGCGGGCCGGAGCAGGGUGGGUUCCCCAGGGGAGGAGAGGUUGCCCCUCAUCCCCAGACACAUGUGCAUGCCUUCCACGGAGUCAGGAUAGAGCAGCCGCCUUGUGUGCGAGGGGUGAGAUCCCCAUCUCUGGAGGUGUGCGAGCGCCUGGUAAUGAUAUGGCGCAGAAGAGGGUCUGAGUGGGGUGCCUGCAGGAGGAGACAUUGCAGGACAUUUGAGGAUUUCCACAGACCCCAUGUCAGCCAGGGAGCUGAAUGCCACCUCUGCCGCCUCAUGUGGCCCCUGAAGGGGCAGCCAGGGGUCACGGAAGGAGCACUGGGCUGAGGGUCAUGAGGUCUGAGGUCCUCUCCUGCCGUUGGCAUAUGCUGGCUGUGUGAUCUUAGUCCACUCCCUUCCCCUCUCUGGUCCUCAGCUUCCUCCCCCAUCGUGGAGGGGGUGCAAUCAGACUCUCUGGGCAUGAGUGGCUCUUCUGGGAUCCUUUGGAAGAGAGAAUAAAGCUCAUAAUUCACCUCG